GCACGACACUGGGAUUUAAAGGGGGCGUGGUUUCACAGCCCGGAAGCGGUCUCUAAUUGGUCAGGCUCCACAAAAUUCAGUGAUAAAGACAACGGUGGCAUGUUGGUCUGGUCUCCACAUCACACAAUAGUUGACUCUAAAUUGUAUGAGUACAUUGCGAUUGCGAAAGAAAAGCAUGGCUAUAAUGAGAGUGCGGCUCUCGGCAUGCUCUUCUGGCAUAAACACAGCAUCGAGAAGUCCCUUGCUGAUCUGCCGAACUUCACACCCUUCCCUGAUGAGUGGACGGUGGAGGACAGGGUGUUGUUUGAGCAAGCAUUCAGUUUUCAUGGGAAGAGCUUCCAUCGAAUCCAGCAGAUGUUGCCAGACAAAUCCAUAUCCAGUCUUGUGAAGUACUACUAUUCGUGGAAGAAAACGCGGUCCCGGACGAGCCUGAUGGACCGACAAGCACGAAAGCUGGCGAACCGGAGUAAUCCAGAUGAAAGGUCAUCUGAAGAGAUGGAAGACACCAACCCUGUUGAGGCCAACGACAGCGACUAUGACCCUACGAAAGAGACCAAGAAGGAGAGUCCUGUAGAGCCUCCGAUGCUGAGCUCCAGAAUUGCUCUGGGACGGAGAGAGCACCAGACGCUGCAGCACCGUCACCACAGCCAGCGCUCCAGGUGCCGCCCUCCCAAAGGCAUGUACCUCACACAGGGCAUGGUGGCCGUGUCCAGCUGCUCCAGUGCUGUUAACUCUGUCCUGCAUCAGCUGGACAUGGAGCUGGUGUCCCUGAAGCGACAGGUGCGCCAGGAGUCUCCGAAAUAAUCACAACGAUGGGGAACACAUCAUUUUGAAAACGAUGAAUGCCAGACAAAGCCUGUGAAGACUAUUUUUUAUGUUUUCCUUCCCCUUCACACAUUUAUCUGAUAUCAACAACAAUUUAACAAAUUAUUUAAUACAUUUCCACAAUACACAUAUUCACUGAAAAAGAUAUAAGCGGAAGCUCUUGCUUAUUUAUCUAAAUUUUUCUACAUAUAAAAAAAUACAUAUCAAAUAUUGAUCCAAUAAUUAAAUUCAAACUAUAGUUUUCUGUUGUAUACCCAUUAAUGUCUCAGGUUACGAAUGUAAUCAUGGUUCCCCGAGUAGGGAACGAGACACUGCGUCCUCUAGGGGUUGCUUUGGGGAACAUCUCAUGACCCGUGUCUGAAGCAUACAUUGAAAAAACAUCAACUUGUUGGCCGGCGACAGCCUGUGACGUCACUACCGGCACGACUAUAAACAGGCACCGGGAGAACACAUCAUCCACUUCUUUGUCUGAAGCUUGCAGCCAAAGCACGGCAGGGAGGUAGAGGACGCAGUGUCUUGUUUCCUACUCAGGCAACCAUGGUUACAUUCGUAACAUAACACGUUCCCUUUCAAGGGAACUUUGAACUGCGUCCUCUAGGGGUCACUAUGAGGAACAGUAUACCCACACCGCCAUGCUGAGGGGAGUGCAGGCCAGAAUCGUGGUGAACAUGAAGUACCAACUCUACCAUUUCCAUGGGAGUUGCCCCUGCGACGUUUAGAUGGCUGUCUGUGACAGCACCCCUUACAGCCGAAGGCCUAAGCUAAACUUAAUUGUUAGGGCCUCGGCCCGGGGUAGAGCUGAAGACCUGGAAUCAAGAAAGAUUUCUUUAAAGGUAAACGGCUAAGAACCUAGCCUUUUAUACUAAGUCUUGCCUGUCACACAGGGGCUACCUCUAGCUUUUGCAUAAGCUUGCUGAAAGAGCUGUCUCAACAGAUCUCUAGUAGCAACACCCUGCUUACAUUGGUAUCCGAUGAUACAUGGGUAGAGUGGAGCCCAAGAUUAACAGGGCUAUUACCAACUCAAGAAAGGGCACGAAGCAACCGCCCUCACCAUAUAGAAUUUUCGAAAGAACGCAGAAUACUAGUGUGCAAACUUACCACAGUGUGGAUUUCAGAAAGUGUGCAAAAACUUCACGUGCACACUUACCAUAGCAUAGAUUUUCAAAUACUGUUCUAAGGAGGGGUUCUCGUGGCACUCUGAUAGAGCAGCUCAUAGAUGGAAUGGUGCAUCUCAAAACAGUAUGAUUGAGAGUCAUCAACUCGAUCUGUGGAAAUAAUACUGGAGCGCUCUGGGGAAAACAGAGAACUCUGAGUAGCGCACUCAUAGGUGACCCUUCUUGGAAAAGGGGAGCGCUGCUAAACUACCGCAAGAAUUGCCCAAAUAGCCCCUCAUUUAGAGGGAAACGCUGCUUGAAGUGUAUAAACAAUGCACACUGGCUGAAUGGAGCCCAAGGAACCAAGGUCUAAUCAUCUCAAGAAAGGGAACAAGGCAGAGCGUAACCCUUACCGUACAGGAUUUCAGAAAGUGCACUGCAAAGAAACACAAAGAAGAUUAGUACACACAUAACCACCAGCAAUUUAAUACAUAUAUACAUACAUACAUAUAAGUAAAUACAGAAUGGACCAUACUGACCCACCCUGGUUCUUGCGCUGGAGCCCCGCUCAAGGGGCGCCUCCUUUUAGUCAGGACCAUCAGUAAGGUGGUUGCUAUGAACUUAGAACCAGCCAAAAACAUUAUAGGCCCAGCAUAGGAGACUGUUAUGUGAGAGGUUUCCACCUAUCCUCGAUCAGGUGGAGAGCUGGUUUUACAGGGGAUUUAGGAAGGGGAGGAUAAAGGCAGAUGUAGAAACCCUCAAAGAGAACGAGUAGAUGGUAAGUAUCGCUCUGAUUCAGAUGAGAACGCUGAUGCCUCAUCUGGAGAACAUCCCUUAGAUUCUGCUUACCUCCUUGUGACCCACGAUUCCUGGGGGGGCUUGAGUCGCGAUACUAGCCUUCUGUAAUGAAGGAAUGAAGGAUCUGAAAGUCUUCAAUCUUAUGUGCCCUCCAGAAGUUUGUACUCUGCAAGUGAACGAUGCCUUGUGGUGCCAUCCCAAAGAAGUUCAAAAUCACUCUCACAGACCUUCUCCUGGACUGUGCCCUGCUGGUGGAAUGACCUCCCAAUCUCAAUUCAUACAGCUGAGUCUUUACUCAUUUUCAAGAAACAUCUAAAGACUCCUCUUUUUCGCCAGCACUUAACCAACUAAUAAUAGGACUUUUCUUGUCUUUCAUAUAUUAAAAUAAUAAUAAUAAUAAUAACCUUGGCUAUGUGUUCUGUACUAGACUAACUGAGACUUGUCAUAGCACUUAUAUACUGUUGUUGUUCUCUUGUUGUUCUGAUUGCUUCUAUUGUUCUCAUUUGGAAGUCACUUUGGAUAAAAGCAUCUGCUAAAUAAUUAAAUGUUAAGUGUAAUGAAAGCAGCAUAGCAUGCCUUCAUCGCCCUGAACCUCUCGAUCACCAUCUCAACGGAGAUACCGAAAAGUUCGGAAGGCGAUACCUAAGCAUUUGCAAAGAAAGUCUUUUCUUUCUUCCCGAUGUCUGCCAGGUUCAUCCACAGACGUCUCUCUGCUGCCACCAUGGCUGCCAUAGUCCUGCCCAUGGCGGAGGAGGCCUGCUUGGUAGCACGGAGAGAGAGAUCUGUGGUGCAGCGCGACUACUUGAUCAGGAGAAAGGCCCUCGCCUCUGUCCAGGUCUCUUAGCAGAUCAGUCUUAUAUGCUUGAGGCACCACCAUUGUGUGUAAUAAAGCCACAGCUUGACCUGCUGCUACGUAUGCCUUGCCAUUUAAGUGAGAUGUAUUUCCUGAAGGGGGUUAGAUGGCGAGGAGGGAGAUUAAGAGAGGAUGCUCUUUCUACAAGGGGGCAUUCUCCCAUAGCCGUUUUCGCGCAUCGCCUCGAUGUCAGUACAACUCUUAUGCCGAAACUGAUGGAUGCGAGAAGAAAAUGGCCUCUUCCAUUUCUUUUUAUCUCUGUAUGGAAAUCAGGCAGAAAUGGAAAACUCACCUGAGCUGGAGGGCUAUGAUCAGAAAGAUAACGCUCAUCGAGGUGGUCUCACGGCGUCACCUUGUUAGCGCACUCUCAUGGCAAGUCAAACUUUCGGCAUCCCGUCCGACACGCCCUCCUCCGCUCUACACUGACUCUCUCUCUGUUGGGCAUCCCGUCUGACAUGCCCUCUCUGCUGGGCAUCCCAUCCGACACGCCCUACUCUGUCUACACUGACGCCCUCUCUGCCGGGCAUCCCGUCCGGCACGCAAUAAACUGAUGCCCUCUCUGCUGGGCAUCCCCUCCGACACGCACUACACUGAUGCCCUCUUUGCUGGGCAUCCCGUCCGACACGCCCUCCUCCGCUCUACACUGACUCUCUCUCUGUUGGGCAUCCCGUCCGACACGCCGACCUCUCUGCUGGGCAUCCCGUCUGACAUGCCCUCUCUGCUGGGCAUCCCGUCCGACACGCCCUACUCCGCUCUACACUGACGCCGUCUCUGCUGGGCAUCCCGUCUGACACGCACUACACUGAUGCACUCUUUGCUGGGCAUCCCGUCCGACAUGCCCUCCUCCGCUCUACACUGACUCUCUCUCUGUGUUGGGCAUACCGUCCGACACGCCUACCUCUCUGCUGGGCAUCCCUUCUGACAUGCCCUCUCUGCUGGGCAUCCCGUCCGACACGUCCUACUCCGCUCUACACUGACGCCCUCUCUGCUGGGUAUCUCGUCCGACACGCACUACACUGAUGCCCUCUAUGCUGGGCAUCCCGUCCGACACGCUCUCCUCUGCUCUACACUGACGCCCUCUCUGCUGGGCAUCGAAUCCGAUACGCCCUCAUCUGCUCUACACUGACGAUCUCUCUGCUGUGCAUACCAUCCGACACGCCCUCCUCUGCUCUACACUGACACCUCUCUGCUGGGCAUCCCGUCCGACACGGCCUCCUCCGCUCUACACUGACGCCCUCUCUGCUUUGCAUACCAUCCGACAUGCCCUCCUCUCUAUGCUGAUGCCAUCUCUGCUGGGCAUCAAAUCCGAUACGCCCUCAUCUGCUCUACACUGAUGCCCUCUUUGCUAUGUAUAUCGUCCGACACGCCCUCCUCUGCUCUACACUGACACCUCUCUGCUGGGCAUCCCGUCCGACACGUCCUCCUCUGCUCUACACUGAUGCCCGCUCUGCUGUGCAUACCGUCCGACAUGCCCUCCGCUCCACACUGAUGCCCUCUCUGCUGGGCACCGAAUCCGAUACGCCCUCCUCCGCUCUACACUGAUUCACUCUCUGCUGGGCAUCCCAUCCGACACUCCCUCCUCUGCUCUACACUGACACCUCUCUGCUGGGCAUCCCUUCCGACACGCCCUUCUCCGCUCUACACUGAUGCCCGCUCUGCUGGGCAUACGUCCGAUACGCCCUCCUCUGCACUACACUGAUGCCCUCUCUGCUGGGCAUACGUCCGAUACGCCCUCCUCCGCUCUACACUGAUGCCAUCUAUGCUGGGCAUCAAAUCCGAUACGCCCUCAUCUGCUCUACACUGACGCCCUCUCUGCUAUGCAUACCGUCCGACAAGCCCUCCUCUGCUCUACACUGACACCUCUCUGCUGGGCAUCCCGUCCGACACGCCCUCCUCCGCUCUACACUGAUGCCCGCUCUGCUGGGCAUACGUCCGAUACGCCCUCCUCUGCGCUACACUGAUGCCAUCUCUGCUGGGCAUACGUCCGAUACGCCCUCCUCCGCUCUACACUGAUGCCAUCUAUGCUGGGCAUCAAAUCCGAUACGCCCUCAUCUGCUCUACACUGACGCCCUCUCUGCUAUGCAUACCGUCCGACAAGCCCUCCUCUGCUCUACACUGACACCUCUCUGCUGGGCAUCCCGUCCGACACGCCCUCCUCCGCUCCACACUGAUGCCCUCUCUGCUGGGCACCGAAUCCGAUACGCCCUCCUCCGCUCUACACUGAUGCACUCUCUGCUGGGCAUCACGUCCGAUACUCCCUCCUCUGCUCUACACUGACACCUCUCUGCUGGGCAUACGUCCGACAUCCCUCCUCCGCUCUAUACUGAUGCCCUCUUUGCUGGGCAUACGUCCGACACGCCCUCCUCCACUCUACAUUGACGCCCCUCUCUGCUGGGCAUCCCGUCUGACACGUCCUCCGCUCCACACUGAUGCACUCUCUGCUGGGCAUCACGUCCGACACUCCCUCCUCUGCUCUACACUGACACCUCUCUGCUGGGCAUCCCUUCCGACACGCCCUUCUCCGCUCUACACUGAUGCCCGCUCUGCUGGGCAUACGUCCGAUACGCCCUCCUCUGCGCUACACUGAUGCCCUCUCUGCUGGGCAUUCGUCCGAUACGCCCUCCUCCGCUCUACACUGAUGCCAUCUAUGCUGGGCAUCAAAUCCGAUACGCCCUCAUCUGCUCUACACUGACGCCCUCCCUGCUAUGCAUACCGUCCGACAAGCCCUCCUCUGCUCUACACUGACACCUCUCUGCUGGGCAUCCCGUCCGACACGCCCUCCUCCGCUCUACACUGAUGCCCGCUCUGCUGGGCAUACGUCCGAUACGCCCUCCUCCGCUCUACACUGAUGCCAUCUAUGCUGGGCAUCACGUCCGAUACUCCCUCCUCUGCUCUACACUGACACCUCUCUGCUGGGCAUACGUCCGACAUCCCUCCUCCGCUCUAUACUGAUGCCCUCUUUGCUGGGCAUACGUCCGACACGCCCUCCUCCACUCUACACUGACGCCCCUCUCUGCUGGGCAUCCCGUCUGACAUGCCCUCCGCUCCACACUGAUGCCCUCUCUGCUGGCCAUACGUCCGACACGCCCUCCUCUGCUCUACACUGACACCUCUCUGCUGGGCAUCCCGUCCGACACGUCCUCCUCUGCUCUACACUGAUGCCCGCUCUGCUGUGCAUACCGUCCGACACGUCCUCCUCCGCUCCACACUGAUGCCCUCUCUGCUGGGCACCGAAUCCGAUACGCCCUCCUCCACUCUACACUGAUUCACUCUCUGCUGGGGUUCCCGUCCGACACUCCCUCCUCUGCUCUACACUGACGCCCUCUCUGCUGGGCAUCCCGUCCAACACGCCCUCCGCUCUACACUGACGCUCUCUCUGCUGGGCAUCCCGUGUGACACGCCCUCCUCCGCUCUAUACUGACGCCCUCUCUGCUGGGCAUCCUGUGUGACACGCCCUCCUCCGCUCUAUACUGACGCCCUCUUUGCUGGGCAUCCCGUCCGACACGCCCUUCUCCGCUCUACACUGACACCUCUCUGCUGGGCAUACGUACGAUACGCCCUCCUCUUCGCUACACUGAUGCCCUCUUUGCUGGGCAUACGUCCGAUACGCCCUCCUCCGCUCUACACUGAUGCCAUCUAUGCUGGGCAUCAAAUCCAAUACGCCCUCUCUGCUAUGCAUACCGUCCGACAAGCCCUCCUCUGCUCUACACUGACACCUCUCUGCUGGGCAUCCCGUCCGACACGGCCUCCUCUGCUCUACACUGACGCCCUCUCUGCAAGGCAUCCCAUCCGACACGCCCAUCCAUUAGCCAUUCUCAUUCGGAAUACUAGAAAAGAUUGUUUUAAACCUGUAUAUAUUAGUUAUGUAACAUUCUAUUUAUUUAAUCUUUUUUUUAUUCUAGAUUUAGUAAUCAUGUGACAAUGUUGUACUUUGUCUUGAAUAUAUUGUGUUCAUUACUAUCUGUUAUUAUGUAAAGGCAGACCUCUGUAAAUGGUGUUUGACUGUCAUUCUGUUGUUCAUCUGUGUUUGUGGUUGAUUACUGUGUUGUGUCAUUUUUACGAAUUUCAUAUUUUUAUAUUUGGUGCUACAGACUGACAGAAAAUCACCUGUCUGAAUCCUCUUGCCAUCAAAGUGCUCUUAUAUAAUCUCAUACUUAAUUGCUAAUGAAAAGCAUAGAAACUCCUUACUGUCAUACUUUUAUUUUUUUUAACUGGACAUGGAUACCAAAAACUACAGUCAGGUCCAUAAA